AUGUAUAGGAGUAAUUAUUCCCAAAUUGCAAAUUGUUUGUGUAAUUUUUCUCAAUGUUUAUGUAUAAAGAUCGUUAACUCAACUUGUCAACAAUGCAAAAUGAGCCCCACCCACCCACAUGGACUUGCAGACAAGCUUAGCGACACUGGAAUGCCUUCAGCUAGCUAUGCAGCUAGCUAUAAAGUGACUGUAGAUCAGUUCAAGAUGGCUCUCCCUAAAAGUAUUAACAAGAUCAGACCAGCCACUGCUGUCCCCUUCACGUUGGGUGUCUUCACAGGGACAUUGCUAACAGCAUUUCUUGUUCUGUCCUUACGCUCAAUGGAUGAAGAACCAGAAAUCCUCCUAAACCACGAGCUUGGUACAAAAUCGCUUGAAGUUGCUACCCCACCUCAAAUAAAAAUACCCCGUCCCAAGAUCACUUCUCGCAACCUCCCUACACUAAAGACCAUCUCGUACAAUAUUCUCACUAGUAGUGAUAGCUUACAGACUAGAGUCCUACCGAUACAUCGUACUUGGGGUGGUGGGGUUGAAGACAUUCAGUACUAUUUGUGUCAGCCUGGAGGAGAGACUGAGAUCAACUUUGCCGCUAAGAAGAAGAUACCUCUCGUGUCCCUUGAGGGUUCAGAGUUGAGAUCUGGACAGGGCGUAUUUCGGAUGUGGAUGGAUAUUUGUGAAAGAAAGUCGAGUCAGUAUAACUGGUUCAUGAAAGUCGAAGAUGAUUCAUACAUACACACUGAAGCACUUGAGAGACUACUUGCUUUAAUGAACAGCUCAGAACCACUUUUGAUUGGACGCUCAGUGUAUCCGACAGAGGAGAACAGAGAGGAACUUGGUCUGAGUGAUGGAGAGAGCUAUUGUUCAGAGUCUGGAUAUGCUGUGAGCUGGGGAGCUAUGCAGAUGCUGUGUCCCGUGUUGCCAUGGUGCUGGGAGAACACAAGGUCGGAGAAUGAGGAUGUUGAGAUGGCUAGAUGCAUUCGGAUGAGUGGCAAUGUCAGCUGUACUGUCGCUAGUGAGAUGGAGGAGCUGUUCUAUAGUGCAGCCGAUGAGAUUGACGAGGAACAGUUGCAGCUGGGAGAGCAUGGUCUCAAUCCAUCCAUACAAAGAGCUCUACUUGUGUCCCCACUCAAAGAACCCGACCAUUUCUACCACUACCACCUUUACCAGACUGGCAAAAGCUUGGGCCAUACGAAACAAGCAGUGAAGGAACUAAGAGCUCAUUUGCUACAUGUUACGGAACUCAGUGCACAGUCUAACUCCCUACAUUCUACGAGCGAGCAUCAUUCUCCACCAUGGACCACACUAGGCCUCCAUCCUCCUUAUUUUCCUCGUAGUAUCGAUGAAGAUGUUACACACUUUCAGAUGUUUGACAAUGUACACAAGUACACGGAGUCCCUUCAUUAUCCCAUUCACGAUCUAAGCCCUGACGAGGAAACCAUGAUCAAGAAAACGAAGAGCGCAGUCACAGCCGCUUUAACGAACGUUUCAGACAAAGAAGUAUUGCGAUUUGACGGUUUAAUGCUGAGGUUCGAUCCUCAGAGGGGCAUCGAUAGUUUUUCUCAAGUAUUCAACAAAAACACUCACCAAUCACUCGUGGUACACAGUUUACAAGAGGUGGAACCUCCUCGAGUUCUCUCUGCUCAAUUUGCAAGUUACAAAACUACUAAAGUUAAUUUUGUUGUUGCCGCACCUUCCGUUGCUCGAGGCUUUCAGCGGUUUAUGAUGUCCUUUGAGAGCAGUUUUCUCGCACGAAACCCACCGGAAUCAGUCGGCCUCCUCGUGGUACUGUACAGUGACGAUGGAUUGUUUAAGCGUUACGAUGAGGAUCUGCAGGCGGUCACAACACUUGUUAAGUUGUACAAAGGCAAAUACCCCGAGGCAGACUUGAGGUUUGUGUCAACAAGAAAAGCACAUUCAAGAAUCGAGACUUUGAAAAUUGCCUCAAAAGAGUUUCCUAGUUACGAACUUCUAUUUCUGGCCGAUAUACACAUAGACUUUUCAACACGCUUUUUAGAGAGAUGCCGUUUGAACGCUAUCGAGAGUAAGCAAGUCUACUUUCCAGCCAUUUUUAAUCCAUAUAAACCGGACAAAUUCUACAAAGCACGAAUUUUGUACCCCCACGCAACUAAGUUCCAAAUUACUGCUGAUCGAGGCAACUGGAUGCACGAAAGUUACCACACUGCCUGUGUCUACAACUACGACCUAGCCGACGCUUUGGAGCUCUAUUCAGAACAGGAGGAAAAUCUAACACUUGUUGAGAUGUUUUUGCAACUGAACAAGCUAACGGUGUUUCGAUCUGUUGAGCCAGGCCUGGUUCAUUUGUGGCAAGACGGUUGCAGAGAUGAACACAUGGGACAGUCAGAGCAAGCACUCUGUGAGAAACUAGACCAAGCACUUCACUCCUCAUAACCAUAAUCAUAUGCUGGUCAACAAUUUAUCAAUUUAUCAUUAUUUAUAAUUAUUUGGUGGUCAUAUCAAUUAAUGAUUUAUACGGCUAAUAUUGUGCUGAUACUUUCAGUUCCUCUGCUAAUAAUCGAUCUUUUCAAAUCAGGUGACUUUAAUUGUGCUGGUCAAAAGUUAUUGAUCCUCUCUCUCAUUUAUAAUGUUUCAAUCUAUACUGGUCAUAUCAGAUCAUUCAUUACUUGAUGCUCGAA